AUGUCUCUCGCGUCAAUGCCAAAUUCAGAUCAUAGUUCCGCUGUGUCAGAGUGCCGUGCACUCUACGAGCAAAUAUGGAACACACCUUCGCCGACUUUAGAAUUGGCGCAGUCUACACUAAUGAAGCCUGCACCAUUGUCGUUGACUCUCGAGGAGAGAACGCAGCUCACAUACCAAAGAGCGAGGGCCUUGGCCCAUGCCCACAACUUGUCAUUGAAGGAUGUAGUCGAAAUGACUCCAGCCUUCUGGAAACUUCAUAUGGACAUGCUCACCAUUAUGGACGGCGGCGCCAUCAACCUCGUCAGCGUUCAGUAUAAUCUUUUUGUCGGCACAGUUGCACCUUUUGUUGCCACACAUCCGGAAUUGCCAUCCAUUAUCCAGAAGGCAUUGAGGGUUGAUAUCUCAUCACAAUUCAUGCUUACUGAGCUCGGACACGGUUUGGAUGCUCGCAAUCUUGAAACAACGGCGACACUUCUGCCCAAUGGCGGAUUUGAAUUACACACACCGACUCCGAACGCUGCCAAAUGCAUGCCACCUAAUACUCCACGCAACGGCCUCCCGACCAUUGCAGUGGUAAUUGCCCGUCUCAUAGUGGAAGGAGAGGACCGCGGAGUCCGGCCGUUCCUAGUUCCCAUGUCCGAUGGUACCAAGAUGUGCACAGGAAUCACCUCAAAAGCCUUCCCACCUCGCCCGGGCGCGAAUCCAAUCGACCAUGCCCUAACUUACUUCAACCACGUACAACUCCCGCCCUCGGCCCUACUCGGCAGCCUGGAAAAGCCACGCGACGAACGUGACAACUUCCUGUCCACUAUCCACCGCAUGGGCGCCGGAACUCUCUUCCUAGCCGGCGCAUGCAUCCCCCUCAUUAAGAUGGGCGUGUACAACGCCAGCAAAUUCAGUUUCCGGCGCCACAUCCUCGGACCUGACGGCAAGCCGAUGCCCGUGAUCAACUUCCGGACGCAGCAUCUUCCCAUCUUACACGCUCUGGCGCGCGCUCAUGCUCUACAGGCGUUUUUGAUUUACGCCGGCAGGGAAUAUUGCAUUGAGGCUGAUUCGCGCGUCCGACAUAUCUUUGCUACGACCUUCAAGGCGGUUACGAUUCAUCACUUUAAAGCCAGUCUCACCUCUAUGAAUGAGGGCUGUGGCUGGCAGGGGUAUUAUGAUCGCAAUCAGAUCCUUGCCGCUAGUCUGGAGUUCAACGCAGUGGCAACCGCAGAAGGCGACGUUCGAGUCUUGGCUAUCCGUCUCGCCAGUGAGCUCCUCAUCGGCCGCUAUGAGGUCCCGCCACCAAAGAAUCCCAACUGCGCCCUCGCACGUCACGAAGCAGGUCUCUUCGCCGAAGCACGCGAAAUUAUGAAGAGCUUCGGCAGCAAACACCGCAGCGAAGCCUUCAACCGGGCUAUUCUCCCCCUCUGUCUCCCGCUAGUCCUCGCCAUCGGUUACCGUAUGGCAUUCGAGGCCUCUAUAGAUGUUGGCAUCGACCCCAAGCUGCGCGCCCUCUACGAAGCUGGAAUCCUCAAGGAAGACGCUGGCUGGUUCGCUGAGAAGGGCGGAAUUAGCCGUGAAACGCAGCGCAAAAUGGAGGCGCAGGCCGCCGAUGCGGUUCUGCCGGAAUUGGAGCGGUUUGUCGAGGAAACUGGAGUCGAACCGUACUGCACUGCGCCUAUGACCUCGCAAGCUUUGUGGGAUGGGUAUCUUGGGGAGUUGGAGACGUUCUCUGGGGAUGCGGUGUGGAAGUUUGAAGAGACCAAGGCACGGCUUUAA